AUGGUAGAGAUGAAGUUUGUUGGAAUGGAUUUUAGCUGUGUUCUAGGCUCUCUACGCAGUAGUGAAAUCCCAGAAAAAGAUUGCUUACUUCCCUUAAUAUCAAAGCUUUUGGGUUACUGCAUCGUAACUGCGUCCACCAUAGUCAAACUUCCGCAGAUAUUAAAAAUUUUAAAGAAUGGAAGUAUCAGAGGGCUUAGUGUCUUAGCCUUUGAAUUGGAGGUUGUUGGGUAUACCAUUGCUUUGGCCUAUUGUCUUCACAAAGGCCUUCCUUUUUCAGCAUAUGGAGAGUUGGCUUUCCUUUUGAUUCAGGCAAUAAUUCUUGUAGCAAUCAUCUACUAUUAUUCUCAACCCCUUGGAACUAAGACAUGGAUCAGAGCUUUACUAUAUUGUGCUCUAGCACCAACAGUCUUAGCUGGUCAAAUUGAUCCCCUUCUUUUUGAAGCUCUAUAUGUUUCCCAGCAUGCGGUUUUUUUCUGUGCAAGGAUUCCACAAAUUUGGGCAAAUUUUAAAAACAAAAGUACGGGAGAGCUUAGCUUUAUAACUUCGUUCAUGAAUUUUGGUGGUUCCAUGGUGAGAGUUUUCACAAGCCUCCAGGAAAAGGCACCAACGAGCGUGGUUGUGGGCUCGGUGAUUGGCAUAAUCACAAAUGGUACUAUCCUAAGUCAAAUUGUUAUGUACCAAAACCAAACUGCAAAGAAAGAAAAGAAAGCGGAUUAG